GCGGAUCUUGUAAAUCCAGUCUUUAGGCACAGAAGUCACGCAUACACUGCUGAACUUCAAGCUUCAGCCAAGCUUCUUCCCAGUCAAAGUUCGAGCGCGCACUACCAUGGCGAUGGAAACCAAAUCCAUUCUUUCUCUCGCUCUAUGCUGCGCUGUCCUUCUCUGCUCCGCUGGCGUCGCGCCCGCGUCGCGCGUGGAUUCGCGAAAGCUUCAGGCGUGUCAGGACCCUAAUGGGUUGUGUCCGGCCAUCGCUACGACUAACGCUGUCGCGAAUGUCAUGCAGUGCGUCGACCAGUCCAUCUAUUGCAACGGCAGCUGUUGCCAGAAUGGGCCCAAGUGCUGCGGCGGGCGAUGCUGCUUAGGCGGCGAGGAGUUCGGCGUGACGUGCUGCUCGCCGCCCAAGACCAACCCCGCCAUCUCCGGCGAGUGCUGCCGCAACCAGGAAGGGCGCUGCUGCGGCGGGAAAUGCUGCGCCCACGCGAACAAGUGCUGCGGGCUCACCAAAUUCAAGGGGCAGUGCUGCGCCGGCGACUGCUGCGGCAACAACUGUUGCCCGACCGGCACGAGCUGCUGCGACGGCAAGACGUGCUGCGCGCGCGGGCAGCGGUGCUGCAAGGGCAAGUGCUGCGAGCAGGGCGGCGAGUGCUGCAACGGCGUGUGCUGCCCCGCCGGCGCGCCGUGCUGCAACGGCAAGUGCUGCAAGCCGGGCUUCAGAUGCUGCGGCGGGCAGUGCUGCCCGAUCAAUCUCCAGUCGCAGUGCUGCAGCGAGGCGCUCACCUCCACCGGCACCGCGCUGCUCAACGCGCUCCUGCCUGCUGCGGCCAAGCCCAAACCCACGCCGUCUGAGGUUCCCGGCCCGCUGGGCGUGUGCUGCCCGGGGGUUACCGCGGACGGCACGUCCACGGGGCUGACCUGCUGCGGCACGGCGUGCUGCAAGUCGGGCUCCGUGUGCUGCACCGACCCGCGCGGCAACCCGCUGAACCGGUGCUGCCCCGAGGGCGCGUCGUGCUGCGACGACGGCAAGACGUGCUGCGAGAAGGGCACGCUGUGCUGCGGCAACGGCAAGUGCUGCAAGGAGGGCACGCAGUGCUGCGGCAAGGAGUGCUGCCCGCAGGGCACCGAGUGCUGCGGCGACGGCAAGUGCUGCCCCGUCACGCAGACGAGCACGGGCAUGCAGUCCGCGUGCUGCGGCAAGGCCUGCUGCGACCCGAAGCUGAAAGCCACGUGCUGCUGGGGCGCGGACCGCAAGCCCGGGGAGUGCUGCGCGGCGCUGGACGCGAACGGCGGGGAGACGGGUAACCAGUGCUGCGGUAAGCGGUGCUGCGGGAAGGGCUUCCGGUGCUGCACGGACGCCGACGGCAACCCGCUGGACCAGUGCUGCCCCGACGGCACGCAGUGCUGCGGGACCACGUGCUGCAAGCCCGGGUUCAAGUGCUGCGGCGACGGCAAGUGCUGCCCCGAGCAGCUGGGCGCGUGCUGGAACAACACGUGCUGCGACGUCAAGCUGAAGCCGCUGCUGUGCGCCAUCAAGGGCGUCAACGACACGACCGGCGAGACGGUGCUGCUGCCGGGCGACUGCUGCCCCUCUGCCACCGACACGGGCGCAGAGGCGGGCAACCAGUGCUGCGGGCGCAAGUGCUGCUCAAAGAGCGACACGUGCUGCGUUAACAGCGACGGCACGCCUAUGGAGACAUGCUGCCCCCAGGGCACCCAGUGCUGCGACGACGGCAAGACGUGCUGCAAGAAGGGCACUGUCUGCUGCGGGGAUGGCAAGUGCUGCCCCGCGGAGACCUUCUGCUGCAAGCCCAAGGUGCUGGACGCCAGUGCCACGGCCAAGGCGUUUGCGGCUGCGAUGCUGGGCAGCCGGUCCAUGGGGCUGCUGGCGCGGAAGCCCAAGGAGGACGUGGCGAAGACCCAGUGCUGCAAGCAGGGCGACGCCUGCUGCGACGACGGCACCUGCUGCCCCAAGGGCACGCAGUGCUGCGGCGCUGGCAAGUGCUGCCCCGUGGACGGCGACUGCUGCGGCAAGACCUGCUGCAAGCCCGGCUUCUCGUGCUGUGGCCCCAACAAGUGCUGCGAGACGAAGCUCAAGCCGCUGUGCUGCGGCGCCGAUCUCACCACCAGCACCGGGACGACGCCUCCCGUGAUCGACUGCUGCCCCGCGCUGGACAUCUUCGGCAAGGAGACCGGCAGCGAGUGCUGCGGUGCCGCGUGCUGCACGGGCGGGGCCAAGUGCUGUGGGGGGAAGACGUGCUGCCGGCCCGGGGAGAGCUGCUGCGGGGAGAAAACGUGCUGCAAGGAGAACGAGGUGUGCUGCGGCAAUGGCAAGUGCUGCCCCAAGGCGCAGGGCACCUGCUGCGGGCAGACGUGUUGCGACGUGGCGUCCAAGGCGCUCUGCUGCAGCAUCCAAGGCACGGCCCUGGGCGGCGCGUGCUGCCCGCAGGUGUUCCCCAGCACGGGGCUGCCCACCAACAUGACGUGCUGCGGGCACGAGUGCUGCAAGGCAGGGCAGGAGUGCUGCGGGAGCAAGUGCUGCCCGCCCGACUACAAGUGCUGCGGCGACCAGUGCUGCCCCAAGGACCGCAACCACUGCUGCGGCUCCACGUGCUGCAACCCCCUCACCAAGCCGCGUUGCUGCGGCACCGCAGCGGAUGCCAGCACAGGCGUGACGGAGUGCUGCCCCAGCGUGGACCUGCUGGGGAGGGACCUGGGCACCUUCUGCUGCGGCAAGCAGUGCUGCCUGCCGCCCACCAAUGGCGCAGCGGCUCAGUGCUGCAAGAGCGAUGCUGGGGACGAGAUCUGUUGCGAUUUGGCUGUUGGGGUGGCAGGAGGGCAGUAGGAUUGGAUGAGGAUGGUAAUGCAAGGAGAGGAGGAUUGAGAUGGGAUGGUGUGUUUGAGCAGGGAGGAGCUGGUGGCACGGGCAAUGAGGAUCGUCUGCUCCCCGCCCGCUCACUCUUGCUUUCAGUACUGAUUUCAGUCACUGCUCUGGCUUUCCCUUUUUCCUCUGCCUUGUUGUGGAAGAUGGUAGGUAGCUUGCUUCAGCCUCAAGCUAGAGUUUGGGUUGGAUCCGAUUCUUAGCAUGCUGUGUUUUAGAAUAAAGCAUAUUAUUCUGUGCCUUCAACUGCUCCCGCCUGGUCAGCCAGCCAAUAAGCCCUCGAAAUUGUUAGCAAGCCACUCCAAAAAACAUUGUAGGUAGUUUCUCAACCCAUCCUUCAGAAGGGGUUGUAUUGUUUCUUACAUU